UUGGCCGAUCAAGACUCCAAAAUGCAGCUCAGCGCUCUUCAAGAGGCCAUGUUGGAUUGCCUCAAGAACAACAGCAGCGCAGUCUUUGACUCUGGCGGACUCCCGACAUGUCCCGGUGUCUGGGACGGAAUCCUAUGCUGGCAACCAGCUCCUGCAGGGACCAUGGCCCAGGUCAACUGCCCGCACUACGUCUACGGCUUCGACAAACGAGAAAUGGCCACCAAGUGGUGCACGGAGAACGGGACGUGGUACGUGAGUCCAGAGCACGGCCAGCCCUGGACCAACUACACUCGCUGCUUCACGCAGGGCGCGACCAUGCCCUCCGAAAACAUCUCCCUCUUCGAGCCCCACCUGCCGACCAUCAAGCUCAUUUCCAAGGUGUGCUACACAGUUUCCCUGGUGACGCUCCUAGCCGCCUUUCUCAUCCUGGCUUCCAUCAAGAGGCUCCGCUGCCCCAGGAACAGCCUACACAUGCAUUUGUUCAUUUCCUUCAUCCUGAGGGCGCUGGCGUUCCUGCUUAAGGAUGCACUCUUUAUCGACGGCGUCGGACUUUCGACUAACGUGGACUUCAACGAAGAGAACGUAGACUGCAAGGUGUUCACAAGCUUCUGGCACUACGUGCUCAUGGCCAACUACUGCUGGAUCCUCAUGGAGGGACUAUACCUGCACAGUCUCGUCUUCCUCGCAUUCUUCACGGACAGUUCGGGGAUUUUACGAUACGUGGCACUCGGCUGGGGCCUCCCCGUGCUGUUCAUCAUUUCCUGGGUCGUGGCGCGAGCGACGCUGGAUGACACCCUUUGCUGGACAACCAACGUCAGGCAAGACUUGUUCUGGAUCAUCCGAGGACCAAUCACAGCGUCCAUCGUGGUGAACUUCGUUCUCUUUCUUAACAUCACGCGGGUUCUGUUCGCUAAACUCUUCGCUUCACAGACGCCUCAGGCACGAAAGUACCGCUACAGGAAAUGGUUCAAGUCCACGCUGGUUCUUGUCCCAUUGUUCGGAGCGCACUAUACUUUCCUACUCGGAAUGUCCUUGGCUGCCGCGGGGGACCGCGUCGAGUUGAUAUGGCUCUACGUUGACCAGCUCUUCUCUUCAUCUCAGGGGUUCGUGGUGGCGCUGCUCUACUGCUUUUUGAACGGCGAGGUGCAGACGGAGCUGCGCAAGUUGUUCCAGAGAUGGCGCUGCGACCGUCGCGGUCCGGGCUGCGGGGACAAGCAGCUGCAGCACCGGCACUCGCUCUUCACCCAGUCGGUCACUUUCCUCAGCAGAGGUCGGAGUUCCAUCCAAUCGUUGCAUUCCGUGGACAGGAGAGAAGGCGUAGCCAAGAGCCCCUCUCCAAACUCAAUCAAGAGUAGGAUGAGCCAGCGACUACUGAGCAACGCCGACCAGGGGUCGCUGGGUGCGGUCAAGAGGAUGUCCAUUCCAGAGUACCAGGACCCAGCCAAGCGGACGCCCGAGGACAAGACAGGCAGCCAGCGAAAACUCAACGGAAGCUGUCCGAUCCGCUGGGAGUGCCACGAUGCCGACUCGGACGGCGGUGCACCAGCCGAUACGAGCGAAGAGAACCUUCUGGAAGGGGUCAUCCAGAAAGAGACAUGCCUCUAAGGUUAAGACCUUUGUCGAGGCUUUCACGGACCGUGUACAGUGAUCCCCAGAGAACUGACUGAACCACCCCACUGCCCCCUUGUUGAUGAAAACGUCGAAUUGGCCUGCGUUCAGUGAUCUCGGUAACCACGUCGGGACAAUCAUGACCGCAAAGUGAUUGUGGAGAACUGUGACCAACCAUCAAUGUCAGUCAAAUUGGCUGUGUUAUAAAGUGGGGUUGGGAACCGGUUGAACCAGCUCGACUUCUGAGAAAACGAAAAGUCAUCCCCUCGAUAUGAGUAGGCAAGAAUGUCAUGUUAGACUGUUGCCGUUUGCAGAAUUAUGCUGGAAAUAUUUUGCCUAAAGAGUUGAUCGUAUAUUAAUUCAUCUGAGAGCAUUUUCACCGCCAACCCAGUGCUAAUUCGCUUUUAAGAAAGGUGAACGGCCUGGUAAAAACCAACCACCUCUGAACUUUUAAAGUUGACAAAGGUGAAUGUGGAUUGUUGUGAAAAUAAGGGUACUGUGCACGAUGAUUUAGCAGAAAGACAGUCCAAUUUCUCAGGCUGUUUAUCUGUGGUGAGAAAGUUCUCACCGCAUCUUUCUCCAAACAUCAAGGGGGCAAUGCUUGAAUACCAUCAAUUGUUGUCACCACACAGUUUUAAGCUCAAACUUGAGUGAAAUUGAGUACACAUAAUCGUCAAUAUUUUAUAAAGUGUGCCGUUCCAUUACAUGAAGUUAAUAUUUUCGCUGACGUUUCUUAAUUUUCAAAAACGUCGCCAGCUUAAUCAUUAACUGGCGAUUUCCUACACAGGGCAGUGGUAAAUCAUUUUAUUUCUCUAUUCGUUUAUUUCACGUACCAGUGUCAACCAAUUCAAAGCAAUGGGCGUCCGUGUUCUCGAAAGCGUCAAUCGCCAAAUAAUAUUAGUCACUGGUACCUAUUACUAAAUUUUAAUUGCGUUAGAAAGGUCUUUCUAAAAGUUAUAAUGUUCAUGUUUGUUAGUUGUUAGACACGUGCAAAAUGCAUUUUAAACCGGGCUAACAACACCCAGCCCUUGACAUCACAUUACGCCACCGUAAAAACAAUAAUGUGAGAAAAACAAAAAACCACCAGUGGCCGCCUCAAUUUCAAGAUUAUACAUCACCCUAUUCCUUUAAACAAAGAAAAAAUGAGCAGAAAUCUAAAACGAAUAUUGGCAAGUUGGGCUACAGAAACCAUCACUUCAACAAACAUACACUUGGUUUUGGAAAUAAAAAAUAUACCGACGGAAUUUUUAUUUAUUAGUGACCAGUUUUUUUGAGUGUCUGGAAACGAAAUGAAAGACGUACGUGAUAAAGAUGACCUACGUCUGGUUGCAUAGAGUCCAGAGACAAGCUAAAUUGUAAGAUGUUGCUGUACGUAUUUAAUAAAGGUAGUUGCUUGGUCAUUUUUAAGGCUGUUGGCAACAACAUUUGUGUCUGGUUGACGAAAGGACAUUUGAAAACAUAGAAAUCUACAAUUAAAAUUGAAUAGUCUAAAAUUGUCAUUUCUUGCGCGGAAGUGGGUUCUUGGAAAAUACGAGUCAUCUACUAAAACCUACAUUCUAUACCACAUCGAAACAUCUUAGAAAGCUGUACAAAACGUUUUUGGGCAAACAAGUGUGAUCCAACAAGGUCAUUUAAAAUUAAUCUUAUGUGGCUCCAGGAGCAGCAUCACGUUGUACUGUAAACUUCUACCAUAGGAAGCGUCUUGAGGUCAGUAUACAAAUAAUUCUACAAUAAUAGUUUAUUUUAGGAAAAUUUGAUGUCUUUGUCAGCAUUUUGGCCUUUUCUAAAAAUAUCUGCACAGGUAGACACAGACUCACCUCUGAACUUACAGGGUAUCGCGUAUUAUAUUUUCUUUACUGUUGUCAAGAAAGUGUUUUUCUGUGCACACCAGACUAUAGCCGUCACCUAUAUAAAUAUAUAUGACGGCUAUAACCAUAGUAGUCAUAUAAAUAACUCAUGUAAAGGGUGGAAAAUCCGUAAAACUUUUCAAAUUGUGCAUCGCCCCAGUUGCCUCACAAAAUGUCACUGUUCGACGAAGUGUGCAAGUUAUUAGCUGGAGCAUGUGUGACGGGAGUUUUGUUCUUUAUUACUAUCGGCUGGAACUUAUCUGAUGACACUAUGUACGCGACUGCAAGAUUGGUGUCAAGCUUGUCUAGUUACAAAAAAAAAAAAAACAA